GUUUUGAUACAUUAAAUCCACUUGUCCUACGUGUAGCUAGGGACAACAUCUAGAUCUAUAUGUACUCUACUGCCUUUGUUAUUAAUAAUUAGUUUACUCUUUAAAUCUAAUCUUUUGAAUUUAUAGAUAGAUCUAUGUUAAAAUCCUAGAUCUAAAUGUUUGGAUGACAUCUGCAUUUCUACUGUGACAAGACUAUGACACUCAUUGGCUAGCCGCUAGAGUAGUACUAAUGUUUUAGUAUAUUGAACCGGAACUAUUAAGUAGUACAUGAACCGCGAGGUGGCGUUUAAUGUUUGACCUAAUAAUCCGAAAAAUGUCUUCUGCAAUGUUUUCGUUUCACUUCGUGGUUUUGCUUAUUGUAUUCCUAUGUGUUUUGGCUCAGGCACCUAAAAGAAGAUUUGAAUAUAAACUAAGUUUUAAAGGGCCUCAUCUUGUUCAAAGAGAUAAUAGCGUUCCGUUUUGGGAAUACUUUGGAGAUGCUUUAGCAGGAGAUGAAGGCAUUAGAAUCACACCAUCACUAAGAAGCAAAAAAGGCUCUGUGUGGUCCAAAAAUAGACUUGAAAGUAAAGGAUGGGAAAUAGAAGCUGGAGUUCGAGUUACAGGCAGAGGCAGAAUAGGUGCAGAUGGAAUGGCAAUUUGGUUUACAGAGGGUCGUGGUGCUGCAUCAGAUAAUCAGUUGGACAAUGCUGUGUUUGGAGCAGCAGAUAAAUGGAAGGGUCUUGGUGUGUUCUUAGAUUCUUUUGAUAAUGAUGGACAACACAACAAUCCUUACAUUAUGGCUGUAGUCAAUGAUGGGACUAUUGCUUAUGACCACCAAAACUUGGAGCGCACAAUGGGUGAUGGCAGUCAACAAAAUUUAGGUGGCUGUUUAAGAGACUUCCGUAACAAACCAUUCCCAGUCAGAGUUAAGAUUGAAUACUACAACCAAAUUCUGACAGUCAGAGUUCACAAUGGUUUGACCAACAAUCAGAAUGACUUUGAAAUCUGCAUGAGUGCCUCAAAUGUUGUGCUACCUACUUCAGGAUACAUUGGUAUUUCUGCAGCCACUGGUGGCUUGGCUGAUGACCAUGAUGUUCUAUACUUACUGACCCACUCACUGCAUGACCCAACUGUGGACACCAGUCAAGUGUCAGAAGAAGAAAGGUUAAAGUUUGAGAAAGAGUUCCAGCAGUAUCAAGAUGAAUUGGAUAAAGCCAAACAAGAUUACCAGAAGGAACAUCCUGACCAGAAGUAUGAGGAGGAAGGAGAGGACCAAUGGUUCCAGUCUCAGAAUGAGAAAGAAAUGAAACAAAUCUUUGAUGGACAGAACAUGAUUAACAACGUGCUGAGGGAGGUGAACAGAAAGUUGGAUGAGUUGAUGGGCCGCCAGGAGAUGGUUAUCUCAAGAAUCAACUCAAUGCCUGUUGGACAAGGGCAGCAGGGAGGUCAAGUUCAGGGAGGAGGCCAACAGCAGAUCUCUGGUGGAAUACAAAGACAUGAAAUUGAUAGACUUUUGAACAAUCAAAAUUCACUUUUGCAACAACUUGGCGAUCUCAAAUACACAGUGAAUGACAUCCAACAAAAAGCUAGCAGCAUUCAGAACCAGGCUGGCGGUGGUGGCGGAGGUGUUCAAGAUAAGAUGGCUCUACACGAGAUGAAAGAUAAAAUUUCCGGUAUUGGUAACGAUGUCAGAGAAAUAUUGAAUAAACCUCAGGCCAAUUUACAGUGUCCACCUCCAUCAUCCCAGGGAUGUCUUUCAUCAACAGUUUUCUUCUUGGCCUUAAUAGUUCAAUUUGUACUUACCAUAGGAUACAUGGUCUAUAGAUCUAAUAAAGAAGCUCAAGCUAAAAAGUUUUAUUAAAAAAGUCUCCCAUAGAAUGUUGUCUGUACUGUAGAGGUGCCUGAGGGUGCUUCAGUAAGAGAGCUUCAGGUCAUCAAAUGAUAUAUUUCAAUUUCUUCCAUUUCAGUUCCCAUUCCCAUCACCCAACUUAUAUCAAAUAUUUAGAUCAGAAAAUGUUUCAAUUCUCAUUUUAAUUCAUUUAUACAACUUAUAUUUUGUUUCUAUUUCAAUCUGAUGAUGUUAGAUUGGCUUGUCAGGUCAAGUCAGAGCAUUUAGAGCAAAAGUUUGUAGGAAAUGUUGACUGACUUUGUGUUCUUUAAGUGUUAAUUUUGUAGACAUAAAUUCAUAAUGUUUUAAUGGCUUUGACUGACGCAAGGAUGUGGAGUGUGUGUGUGUGAUGCAAUGAGCUGACACAGUCAUUCCUGGAUGUUGUACAUUAUUCGUGUCGACUUUUGAGCUUGUGCCGUCUGUUUAUUUGGGCCAAGGUAAUGUUAUUGUGAUAUUCUUUGUGAUUAGGAUCAAAACUAUAAAGUGUGCUUGCUCAGCCAUUUUACUGGUUGACCUGGUCUACAGCUACAUUGUGAGAUGAACCUUGAAUCAAAGCUGUUGUUAUAUUUCAAUAUUUAUUUCUUGGAGACAAGUUUUGUGUAUCAAAAAUGUUCAUGACAGUUUGCCUUUGUCCUCAGAGAAAAUUACUUGAACCUUGGCAGCAUUGAUUUGAGAGCAUAUAUAUCUUUCUAUAUAUGUAUGGAUGUCAUGUACAUGCCUAUGGUUUCUUGUACAAAAUAUUUACUAGCACUUUUUUUUCUUAUUAGGUGAGGGUGUAAGUGUGUGUUUUUUUAAUUUACUUUGGAUACAAGUUUUAUUUUACUUGAAAAGUGUUUUGUCAACGCAUUUGGUUUUCAUUCUACUCAAUUUUUUUAGACUUUGUUGAAUGGUCUGUAUGUGGAGGAUUGAAUAACUAAAGGUGGCACAAUGAUCCCAAGCUAGACUUAAAGGAUUGAUUUUGAGUCUUAGUUGAGGCUUUGGGUGUCUUUUAUUAAAUACAAUAUAUUUUGAAAGAGGGUUGUUCUGGUUACAUGACACUUUCAUGAACUGUUGAUUAGGAAACUAAAUGGCUUGAAAGGAAAGUUUGUUAUCCAAAGAAUGUAUUAUAAAAUGAUAAUUUCAUACCAAGGCCUAGCAUAUAUGAACCAAGUCUCCUUCAGUGUCAUCUAUAUGGAUGAUGUAGUUGGAUGGUUAUAUUUUUAUGAGUCAAAACUUUUGCUUUAAUUUUAUUGACAUCAUUUGUUGACAUAAAUCAUUUCUAUGUUCAAUUGACUGUUUAUUGAAGCUUUACACUUGUGCCAACGAGCACAGAAUUAACUUUUGUUCUCUUCUUGAUAUUAAUUCUGGAGAUUAACAGAUAUAAGAUAUGUACAAGGUGGACAACUUUAUUUUCCUCUAAAGACUCUGUACAGAAGGUAAAACAUGAGUCUUGUGCUGCUUUCAGUCAGUGUUGGCUAAUGGUCACAAAACUAAUGUUCAGACUAUGGGUAUAGCAUGAGCUUAGUAUGUAUAAGAAUAAAUACUGGGAUUAUAAGUUUUUUAGUUUGUUUUUUUAAAUACAGAUACCGGUACAAGAAAGAAAUACAAAUAUGUAGCAAUCUACAAAUCCAUUGAGAUUUUAGUUUACUGAUGAUUUUAUUGGCCUUCUUGUCUUUUGUACUUGUGUGAAACAAUAUACUGAGUUCAGUAAAAAUGUUGACAUGAAAUAUUUCUGUCUCAUUGUCAAACCUAUUUUAUUCUUGUCCCAAAAAAAAGGGUGUAGCUAAAUUUUAAGUUUUCUAGAAUGAAAAUAUACCUGUAUUCAAUUAUACAAAGUAAUUUUAAAAGAAUAACUAUAUAUUGAAUAUCUUGUGACUAUGUUUUCGAGUCAGUGUAGAUGAGAAAUGCAAUUCAAUAAAAAGAACCAAUUAUUGAAAAUGGCACAUCUUAUCACAUGGCAAACUAGUCUGUAUUCAACUCUACAUGUAUUUCUAAAUGUUCUAGUCAGAUCUGGUUACAGUGAGCUACUUACAAUCAUUUUGACUAGCCCUAACAUUGUGUAUGUAAUGGUGUGUUAGUUUUGUCACCAUACUCCUGGCUGUUAGUCAAGGUACACUGAUAGUGCCUAAUGAGUUCUGACUAAACAUGUGUGUGAAGAGUGUGAUCCCUAGUGAGAUGUAUCCAAAGCAUGGUGGCAUCACAUGCUGGUAGUGUUGAUGGUCUCCUCUUUAGAAUGAUUAGCUUUAAAACUAUUUUAUCUUUGGUUGUUCAAUAUAUGUUGUUCAUUUGGUGUAUGUGCGUAAGUGUCAAUCUGUUCAUUAAAGCUUUAAAAGGAAUCAUUCAUGUGAAAAUGUGCAGAGAUAACCUUCUAAAGAUACUUUAUUUGUAUUCACAUGGGAGGAAGUGGCAUAACAAUUCUUAUUCUAUUAGCCCUCUAGAUGGAACUUUUCAAGGCUCGAGUCUAUUGAUUUUUUUUUAGAACAAAUGCUAUGUGUAGGUCCUUUAUUAAUAUCACAAAUAAAUCUCAAUUAUUCAACUGCCAUUAUUUCACAAAAAUGUUUACUCUCUGACCAUAACACAAAAACAUUUUUUUUAAAGUUCUCAUGCCUGAAAAAAAUGUGCAUUUGAUUGUCUAUGGAUAACCAUGUAAGAGCACUGCUACUAUAGUGGAUAUAAGUAAAAAAAAGAAAUAGACUAAUCUAGAUGUGCAUAUCUAUCUGGUGCAAAAGAAAAGUAUUUGUUUGCCCCAUAUGAUAAAUUCCAUUGAUAUUCUUCUCUUAGCAAUUAUCAAAUUUCUACUGUCAAUCAAAAGUAUCUACUCUUAAAACUAAUCAAAACAAAAUAAGUUAUUUAGUUGUACGAAAGUUAUCAAAGCAUCUAUUGUAUUGUUUUCAAAUGAGUUAAGUGUAUGUGUUGAUUUGGUGGUCAGAUUUCUGUUCUUUUGGUGAUGGGUCAUGAGUACUGCUGUACUAAAUGAAGUAAUAAACAUUCAAUUGUCA